GAGGCACGGGAGCGAGUGUUGGCAGCAUGGCCACCGACCAGGAACCCCCGUUCAGCGUCAAGCUGGCCCAGCUGCUGCUGCUCUCCACCUACUGGGGAAUGCAGAUUUGGGUCACCUUCAUUUCAAGUUUUGUGAUGGACAACCACCUGAACAGGCACACGUACGGCUUCAUUCAGAGCCGCCUGGUCCCCUUCUACCUUCACCUGGGCUCGGCCUGCGCCUUCUUCAACCUUACAAUCUUCGCAGUGUACCAUCCCAGCGACCUGCUGGACGAGCGAGAGGCUUUCCAAAUCUUCAUCUUCUUCGUGUCGGUGACGGUGGCGGCGAUCAACGCCCAGUGGUUCGGCCAGAUGACGUCGGAGAUCAUGGCCGACAUGCACCUGGUGGAGCAGGCGUGCGGCCUGGGCCAGGACAUCGGCCUGUCGUCCAACCGCGAGGCCUACGCCAAGCUGUGUCAGACCGACGCCAAGUACCGCCACCUGAGCGGUCGCCUGCGGCUCUACCGGCUGCUUUCGUCGCUCUGCAACGUGUGCUGCGUGGCCUGCAACUUCUACAGCCUCAGCUACAUGGCUGAAAACCUCAGCACGCUGUAAGAAGAAGCCCCAAGUUGUCUAUUUAAUACGUCCUUUUCUCACCGUGCCUUUACGUGUUCACGCGCCAGCUCGAGUCUUCGUAGACAAAACGGUGAAACACUCCCCGAGUGCUACAAUUGGGACCUGAACCAAAAUGUUCCCUGGGAAAUUGGCGGCCUUCGCAGAAGCGUACCCGGUGAUGGCAAAGUAGAAUCGCUAUGAACGUACUCAUGGCUGUUGUUGUGCCCAUUGUUCUUCCGCCCCUCCUCGGUUGCCCAGUCAAAGACCUUCGAUCUCUCAAGCCAACCAGUCGAGGCAGUGACAAAAAAAAAACUAACUGUAAUCUUUCUGAAAGGUUAAAAAAAAAAAACAAUGGAGAUUUGGUUGCAUAAGUGCGCACACCCGUUACAAGGAAGUGGCACUGUGUUCAAAAUUAACUAAUCACAGUCAAAUUUACGGCUUUUACUGACAUUUUAUUUUAUUUUUAUUUUCAGCAAUAGCGUUAAGCUUUUAUGCCAACAUUGACUGUUAUUUAGAUCGGUUCAUCCUUCGCCCUACCUUGACUAGGGGCCCAGUUUCAGUUGGAAGAAAAACAGCCGUAGUUAACGUUACGUUAUUUUGUCCAUGAAAAUGACUUUAUAAAUGACAACUACUUAGAAGUCAAAGAUGGAGGUUUUAUCGUACUUUCAAAACUGGAAUGUGUCAGUCAGUCUUAAGCUUUAUGAGAAGCGAUUUUCCCUUUUGAACAAGAUAAGCUUCACGGUGUUGUUGUCACGAACGCAUGCUGCUCAGUCCUGCUUCUCCUGUUUGGGCGCAACUGACAAUCGACAAGCUGAGCAUGUUUUUCUUUCUUUCCUUCCCUGUUGCUUUAGUUUGAAGUUGAGGAUAAUUUUCCAAUUUGAAGUAUGAAAAAAAAAACAAAAAAAGGAAUUUGCAUACUCACCGUUAAUUUUGAUGACACGUGUGCCUGGGCAUCAAAUCUCAUCACCGCUGACUUUUUUUUUCCCCGUUUGUAUUCCGUUCUUUUCGUUUUCUGAUGCGGAUUUAUUGCCGCUCUCGCCAUGUCGCACUCAGCAGCGAGGGAGCAGAUAAAAGCGUUGCUUAAACCACCGAGUCCCAUUUACGGUUCUGUCAUCACGAGUACUCUUCUGUGAAAGCAACACAAGAAAAUAGAAGGGCAGUAAAAUCCCAAGAAAUCUUGCGUGAUAUCAUCAGAGACGUGCGUACCUCUAACGCUACAUCACAAAGUCAAUUUGUGCUUCUUGUGGGGAAUCAUCACACUUCUUUUGGCCGCAUCAUAAACGCUACAAAAGACGAAAACACGUGAGAUCGUACGUGAUGAUAGGUUCACCCUCUUAAAGCUAAUUUAACCCCGCCCCCGAAAAUGUGACACUUUCAGAUUCGGAGGUUAUCGACACGUUUCUUAAAAAGGUUUUCUUGAUGGUAACGAUAUGUGAUAUUUGGUUUGGAGUCUGAAGAUAAAAGAUAAGCCAGUUUGUUGGAAUGUGCAAUGCAUGAAGGGAAAGUCACAGCAGAGCUUGUGUAAAUGUUAGGUGAAGGAGAUUUGGAAAAAUAUGACAGAUGGAAGGCAAAAACAAUGCAAUUAAGAUUUUUUUUUCUCCACUCAAUUGUAUUUGUAGAUGUGAGGUUUUGGUGCUUUUUUUAGUGUGAAUUACAAGUUUGUACAAUCUUGUGGAUUUAAUCGCGUUCCGCUUCACUAUUUGGCUCGCAGCGCUCAGGAAAACGUUGUUUCUUCACUUGAUGUGACUUUGUAACUACUGAGGGAUUUUUAAUUUUGUGGUGGACAGUGUACAGUUGAGACUGACUUUGAAAACAAUCUUUACUUGGUGACAUUUGUACUUUUAUUUUGGCAGUUUAUUAAAAUAAAUAAAUAAACCAAAGGCAAACUGUCAAACUUAUCUCGUGAUUAUUUUAAAAACGCGUCCACAAACGGCAGCUUGACGUCAAGCUCAUCCGAGAAUCAAGAAUCCACAGCAAAUUGGAAAAAGACCAAAAAGGCUCAUCUUUUAAUUCAAUGACAGGAACAAAUGUUACAUUGGAAAGCAUUUUUGUAAAAAAAAAAAAAAAAAAAAA